CACCAACUCAAUACAUAGCACCCUCACGACUGCGUCACUCAGACUACGAUCGAUUGGCUGGUAGCGCGGCGUCGUCGAUCGUUUUCCAUUCGCUUUAGUCUGUUGUAGCCAUGGCGUCGAGCGCUCCACCGCCUAGCGCUCCUCAUACCGACUCAACCCUGCACCGGCCACACCCUCCAAGCAGUCAGGAUCUCUCGCGCUGGUUAUCUCGUCAUCAUGCCCUGCUAUCGCUCGAAGCUUCUGCCUCGGCCACACCCUCAUCUAGCAACACUCGCACUUCAUCUGCGCAUCUCGUAUCCCACCAUCACCACCUAGCCUCGACAGGUCACGCCUUGCUCCAUCUCACACCUCUUCAUCCCACCGUCGGUCCGGGCGGAAAGACGCUAAUCAGGUUCAUCAAGAGCAGCGCGUGGCACGUGGAUGCUGACUUGGGCACUGCGCAUGCAUUCAGAAAUGGGGAUGCUUGCUGCGUCAUGCCUACAUCGACUGGUUCGCAGGGGGCCAAAGGAAAGAGGAGGGAAGAGGAGGCAAAGGGUGCAGUGGAUGCGGUCGUGUUCAGAGUGCAGAGAGAGAGCAUCACUUUGGCUAUUGGACGUGCAGCAGAGGGUAAAGCGGAUGAGAUCUUGCCCGGCAGCGCGACGUUUGACCUCCUCAAGGUACAAGAUGCCAGGGUUACAAAGAGGAUGCAACGAACGCUGGAAAGCCUUGCCGAUCAGCUGGGCGUACCUGUGCUCAGCUCAACAAGCCAAGCAAAUGCAGCAUCAGCUAGUCGGGAUGGUGCGAGCUUUGCGCGCGCCAAAAGACAAGCGGACCCUCGCUCUCGCUCUCCCUCUGAGCUGAACCCCAUCACUGCAGAUCAGAGCGGCAAGCAGGCGUAUUCAUCUGACGACUCGGACGAGGAAACUGAGAGUACUCCCACGCAAAGUAAAGAUAGCAGCGAGAAGCAGGGGCAGGACAACGUCAGCGCCGAGAUAGCUGCGGCAAAAGGGACCACUACGGAAAGUCGCGCGUCUACAUCACAGCACCUAUCGAGAAGCGCGACCGACGCUGCGAGCAAUCACACGGCGCCAGACGAGCAGCCUGUGCGCGAAGUCCGCUCAACAGCAUCGCCUCUCAUCAACGCCUUGCUCGGUCUUGAACAGCCAAGCUUCAUGCCUAUGGAGCAAUACGAGAAGGAAAGACCGCUCGGGAAACACUUGUACGAUCAGGGCCUGAACGAGUCUCAAAGGGCUGCUUUGGACUUUUGUCUGAGGGCAAAAGAGGUGGCAUUGGUGCACGGUCCUCCUGGCACUGGCAAGACACGGAUGCUCACUGAGCUGAUUCUUCAGUUGGCGCUAGCACCCACUGCUCUUCGCGCAGAGGCUGGGUCUGACGCCAGGAACAAGAAGAGAGUUCUCGUGUGUGCGGCUUCCAAUUUGGCCACUGACAAUGUACUUUCAAGAGUGGUUCAGCUAGGCCACAAGGAGCUGAAAGCGCAAGGACUUGGCGUGACUAGAGUCGGGCAUCCUGCUCGAUUACUACCUCACCUCGAGGCAUUUUCUCUGGACGAUCAAGCAGAAUCUUCGGAAGCAGGUCAAUUGCUACGAGAUGUAAAAGCAGAGCUGUCCAGUACGCUUUCCGCGCUGCAUCCAUCCACAGAUGCAACGACUUCUGCAGCGGGAAACAAGUCCACCUCUCGCAAGGGUCAAGCAUCGAGCAAGUUCAAAGGUCUUAAAGGCUCGGCGAGAAAAGAAGCUUAUGAAGUCAUGAAGGAGUUGAGGAGGGAGCAGAAAAAGAGGGAACGAGGAUUGUACGAAGAUGUGCUAAGGGAGGCGGCAAUCGUUUUCGCUACUUGUCACACCGCCGGGGCUGCUUCGCUAAAGGAACAAGUCUUCGACGUGCUCGUGGUAGACGAAGCUUGUCAAGCUCUGGAAGCUCAGAUAUGGAUCCCCAUACUGUCUCGUCUAAAGCCAAGUGGUAAACUCAUACUCGCCGGCGACCACUUACAAUUGCCUCCCACUGUGCUCGGAUACAAGCCACCGCCACGCGCCGCGAAGAGGAAAGGCAAGCGGGCAAAGGACGUCAAGGCUUCCGAAAAUCAGAGCGGAGCUGAUGAAGCUCCGGUGCUGGAGCAAGACGGUGUCGGUCAAACGGGGCCCGACACGAGCUUGCAGCUCGCUAACGAUCCUGAAUCCGAUGAGGAAUCGGACACCGAGCUCGCUUUCCAGACGUCUUGCCUGAGCCCGGAGGCGCGAACGGCAGCGCGGAAUACAUUAGCGGAGAGAAAGGAUACGAACGCGGCAUCGAGCAGGGAGCGCAGUGGGGAAGGGACGAGCAAGUCCGAGCCGAAGAGGACACGUCUGAGAGUGCCGCGCAGCCUCGAGACGACCAUGUUCUCUCGCUUGCUCGGCAUGUAUGGUAGCGGUAUGCGCGCGCUACUUGAUGAGCAGUAUCGCUUCUCCAAGACUCUGCAGAGCUUCCCGAACAGCGCCUUGUACGAAGACGCACUGCGCGCCGCACCUGCCAAUGCGCAAACUACCCUGCUCGACCUGGAUGGCUACGGACAUGUAGAAGGCGAAGAGGAGCUCUUGGAAGAAGAUGUCAAGGAGGAACUGUGGGCUGCUAGCGUCGUGUUCUACGACACCGCAGGAGCCGAGAUGUACGAGACAUCUGGCUCGUCAGAGGAGAGCAAAGACGACUCGAGCUCGACGAGCGAAUCCAAGUCCAAUGCAAAUGAAAUCGGACCCGUCUUGAAUCACAUCAAGCUGCUUUUGAAGCACGGCUUGGCAGCGGAGCAGAUCACGGUCUUGUCGCCUUAUUCGGCUCAGGUGGCAUUGAUCGGCGAAGCGAUUCGUCAAGAAGCCGCCAAUGCUAGCAGCAUCUCCACUUCCAGCAGGAGCAAAUCAGCGGCGGCUGGGGGAAUGGGCGAAAGAUCGAACGUGGCAUGCACGCGCACAGACCUCAAGAGGGUGGACGUGGGAACGAUCGAUUCGCAACAAGGAAGAGAAAAUGAAGUGGUGAUCAUUUCGUUGGUGAGGAGCAACGAAAAGAGAGAGGUUGGCUUUUUGAAGGAAAAAAGGAGGUUGAAUGUGGCCAUGACUAGAGCUAAAAGACAGUUGGUCGUGGUGGCGGACUCGGACACUGUGGCUAAAGCGGGCGAUGCGUACCUUGCUAGAUGGAUGGAGUGGCUAGAAGAGAAUGCCAGAGUCGAAGUGGUCGGUUCGUAAUGCAUGACUUUUCGAAAU